AUGACGGGCUGGCGCCACGUGAACAGCGCGUUCAUGAGCGAGAUCGCGAGCCGCGGCGCCGUGGCGAUCCACGUCGAGCACUGCGACGGGUCCGCGUGCCUCGCGACGGCCGUCGGCGACGGCCGCGUGCUCGCCGAGUACGUCUCCUGGCAGGACAAGGAGGCCGAGCUCCGCGCCGCGCACGGCGACGAGAAGGACGCGUGGGCCGCGGCCCUCGCCUGGCGCCACGGCCAGUGCGCGACGCGCGUCGCGGAGACGCUCGCGGCGCUCGACGGCGUCGACGGCGCGCUGCUGGCCGCGGGCGUGCUGCCCUCGGACGUCGACAUCACGCGGGGGCGCUUCUCGCGGACGUCGUCGGGCGUCGCGGCGCUGGGCCAGUCCUUCGGCGGCGCGUCGGCGGCGGCCUGCGUGGCGCGGGACGACCGGGGCCGCUUCUCGCACUGCCUUUUGUACGACCCGUGGCUCGACGGCGACGGCUCCGACCGCCACCCGCUGCCCGACGGCGACUACGCCGCGGCCCCGCUGGCGGCGCUCGCGAACCUGUCCAUCUGGCGCAACGGCCAGAGCCAGCUCCUGGCGACGUGCUCCAAGAACUGCGACGCGCUCGUCGCCCGGGCCGGCGCCGCGGGCCGCGUCCACGACUACGCGGACGCGGGCCACUUCGCGCAGACCGACGCGCCCGUCGUCUUCGAGCAGGGGCCCCUGAGCUUCGUCUACGACGCGCUCCGCGGCAAGGACGGCGCCAUGGACUCGGCGACGGCCCUCCGGCGCUGCACGGAGGAGUCCGUCGCCGCGCUCGCGUCCUUUUUUUCCGCGGAGAGUGGCUAA